GCAUGUGCAGCGAUGACGGGCAUGGGCGUGGGCGUGGGCGUGGGCGCGGGCUGCGCGGCCACGUGCGAGCGCCGCGCCGCGCGCGCGCCGCUCGGCCUGCCGCAUCCCGAACAGCAGGAGUGUUUCCAGAGCACGCCGCUGCUGGCGGGCGUGGCGCCACUGUCGCCGCAGUCCUCGCUCGCGUCGCUACACGCGCACGGGCACCCCGGCCAUGCGCACAACACGCUGCCACACACGCACUCGCUCGCGCACCCGCCGCCCGCGCCGUGCGGAGGCGGGCCGUGCCCGCUGGGCGGCGGCACGCCGGCCGGCGCCGACAUCUACGCGUGCGCGGCGCGGGAGAGGGGGCAUUACGUCGCUUAUGAGCCUCUAGGGCACUACACACAUCGCGACUCAAUGAGUAGCGAGGCCGGUGGGCUGAGCGGCGCGGGCGCCAGUGGGGCCGGUGGCUCCCUGGGCGGCGCGGGCGGCUCCCUGGGCGGCGCGGGCGGCUCCCUGGGCGGCGCGGGCGGGAGCCUCCAGCGCCGCGCCUGCGCCGCGCCCCUGCACAGCUUCGCCGACUCGCCGCACUCCACGCCGAGCCAUGGCCAAGGAAGCGUGAGAGAGACGUCGCCAUACAAGAAGAGCAACAGCUCGUCGCCCGGACACAUCCCCAAUAGGCUGCAGCUUGGCGGCAGCGUAGCGCAUUGCCCCGAAGAGCUGGAAGCGCUCACGCCGUCCCGCUCCACCGAGCGGCUGGCGAGGGAGAUGCAGAACCUCGAGGGGCUCAUGAAGGACCUGUCCGCCAUCACGCAGCAGCAGUUCCACUGCUAGCGCGCAGCCACCCCUCCGACUGAAGGGGAGAUACGUGUAUAACGGACUAGAUGUCAGUUGACGAAAAGGAAGUCGAAAACUAAAAAUGUUUGUAUGGUGGUGGUCGUAUGUCUACGUGGCGGCGUGAUAGGCGCGGAAAAAGACAUUAUAUCAAAGGAAAGUUCCGGUUAUUAAGGGCAUAUGAUAGACACCUUUGGAGUUGCAAGCGUCUUUAUAGGUACUAUCGUAGCUUACCAUCCGACUUCGCCAACGACGUGGUAUUCCUCACAUGCUGUGCCAUUUAAAAAUAAUCUGGACCUUCUCGUUACUGGUGAAAUACUCACUGACACCCGACGCAUAAAAAACAAAUAGAAAAGGUUAUCUGUGCAACUAAUGCGUCGCGUAAUACUUGUAAUGGGGCCCACUGAUUACCAGUUCACCGAACGAUAUCGACCUGACAGUUAUUCGCAAAAGCUGACAAUCGCGAAUAACUAACAGGCAGAUAUCGUCCAGCGAACUGGUAAUCAAUGGCCCCCUUAAGAUCUCGAGAAUUAAGAAAUGACAGUUGUCCACUGGUAACCAUACUCGACAAGUAUUAAUUUAAGUGAUAUGACGGACCUCGAGAGAGAUACACUUCUUGGCAAUGUUAAAACUAUUAAAAAGCAAAGACUUAGACAUUGCAUAAACGUGAAAAUACUUGAAAUAUAUGCAGUAUGUGCUUACCUAAAAUACCUAACUUAUAGCUAAGAAAAUUUGAGUCAACCUACGAUAUGAUGUUGAUUGUAUACAUUUCGAGUUUAGUCAAUAGAUGGCGCUGGUUCAUUGAAAGUCAGCGCCAUCUAUCGGCCAGAUUAUAAAACUUUUGGCAUAUGUGGCCUAGCCUAAUCGUUGUACUUAUGCCUUAUAUAGGUCCAUGGUGAUUUCUCGCACUAUCUCAAGCCUAACUUCGUGCUCAAUAUCAAGGGAAGACUGUCGAAUGCUACAAUCUAGGGAAUUAUACUUGUAGACAAUUUUAUACCUUUUUACUCGGUUAGAGUCCCGUAGGUUUUUCACUAUUAGAUCAUCGAGUUGAGGCCUAAAUGUGAAAAAUGGAAUGUUUGAUGAGUUUUUCAUGAAUUCAUGUUUUAUUCGAUUUGGAAAUGAAGCUUAUAUAAUUUGAAUCAUUUGAUAUUGUUCACAACACAAUUUCUUGCCGUUAAAAUGAAAUUAUUACAUUUAUUUUGUCGACACAUUAUAACUAAGAACGAACUUAAGAUCUCAAAUAACACACUGUAGGUAGGUAGCAAACAAGUAUUCUUGAUUUACAAAUAGACGACAGUAUUUUUACUGCAACUGUUUCGCUCAGUACAGAACCGUAAAUAAUGUUUUAGUUCUGUCUGCUCAAAGAAUUGCCUGUAACGUUAGCCUAAAAUGUUGCUGGAUAUUACCUAGAGACUUACCAACUUAUAGAGGUAUUUUCACGUUACAAGGUAAUGUCUAGUAUAUUUUGAGGCUGUAGGUAUCUUUGUAACCUUGAACUUGAACUAGUGCUGUAUUAUACAUUGUGAUUAUAUGUACUGUAUAUAGAUUAGGUUAGGUUUAGGUAAGCUUUCGUAUAUACAGAAACAAAUCGUUAUAAGCUGUAAUUUAUGUAAGGUCUUAUUGUCAUUUAGAACCAAGUGCGAAGAAGUAAUCAAAUUGUAGUGAUUAUAAAUAUGAGGUUUACUUUUUGCAGUAUUUACCCACAAAAUUUUAGAGUAAGUCAGUUUUUAAAUGACAGUAAUGCCUUAAGUAGUUCAGUGGGUCUUUGUACAGUCAACACAAUGCACUGUUGCAUGCAAUUUUAUGGAAUUGACAGUAAAUCCGGCGAUAUGGAAUUUUUGAGCGUGUCAUAAUCGUAGUUGACUGUACCUGUAUUCUUGGACUCCACUAAAGAUCUCUUUUAGGUGUUUCUGAGCACAUUGCUAACAUAUUAUUGAACAAAACAAUGUGCUUAAAAUACCUGAUCCAUUGUAUUAUCACAUUCUUUAUUUAUUUCUCAAUACGGCUAGUUGUAGAAGGAUUUCUUAACGAUUGUAUGAUACUGUACUGAUAAGUAGCUCGUGUAUUAUUACGAAUUUAUUUAUUUACACUUUAUAAUAUAUAAGAUUAUCUCAUUUUUAUGUCUGUAUUUGUAAACUAGUCAGUACAAGAACAACUACAGAUGUGCAAGUUGCGGAAAGUUUCAAAAAACUGGAAAUGUUCUCGGAAGUUUCAGAAAAAAAAACAGGAAACAAAGGAAAUUUUGAUUUUGGAAACGGGAAAUUUACCUAUACAAAAAUAUGAGAAAUUUCCAAAAACUUUCCAACUGAACAUUUCGAAAUUGUUGAAACUUUCCGACGGCACGUUAAUAAGAUCAAGUCGAAUUUCUGCUGUUCGAGUGACAAUUAAUCAGAUUCAGGAUCACUAUUUGUGAUAAACUAUAACAUAUACAAGUAUAAUACUAUAGGGAAAUUUUAAACAUAAAUACAUAAGUUGUUUACCACGAAAUGGUCCCGCGUCAGCAUAAUACUAACCCAAAGGUCAGCGCUGGCACUUUUUAUUGGUCACAAAUGCAGCUGUACGCAAACACGGCCCUACAUACAAUACAACUGAACGCGACCGCUUCGCUGCGGCUGAUGGGCGGCGCUCAGCGCCAUCUAGUCUGCCCCUCAGAUGAUGACAAUGCUAUUAAAAACAUUUUUUGUUGAGUAUGUUACCGUCUUAACUUUUUGGUGAUAAUAACUUAAAAGUUUCUGACGAUAUAAAAACGUCAAUAUAGUAUACACAAAUCGUCAAAAUAAAUAACAGAAAAAAACGAAAAAAACGAAACCUAAAAUCAUGUAGAUUGUGCGUUGUUACUUCGAACAGCAGAUUUAUAUUGUUGAUUGUAAUUUUGUCUCUCUAACUAUAAUAUAGUUGGAACGGAAUGGAUUACUGUCAGCAAGGAGUAGUGUGCUAGUAGCCACAGGGCAGCAUAUACAUACUUGCCUUUCGAACACACGUCUAAUUACAAGUGCUAGAAAAAUGUUAAAAAUUAUCGACAAAUUGCUUAAAAUAUUAGAUUCAAAAAGAUUAAAAGCGGCAUUUCUUCGUCAGUAAAUAGAGUUUAAUUUCUGAUUAAUAAUUUCGGACUCUCAUAGUUUUUAAUAAAAAUUUCUGCUCCUCUGUGGCGCCUAGAAUUGUACAAAUUUUGAUACGAUUUAUAAGAUAUCUGUAAAUUUGCUGUUCGAUACGUUUUCUAAGUAUGUGGCUCGCGAUUUGAACUUUUAACACCAAUUGAAUUUUUGUAUUAGCACUCGUUUACAUUUUGUACAUAUUUUAUAUUUAUACGCGCGACAAUAUUCAACGUAGGGUAUUUAUGCUUAUAAAUUACCUGUAGAGGUAUUGGGAACUUAUAAGAAAAAUGUAAGAAACGAUCUUAUAACGCGGCUCAGAGAGUCUUUUCAAAGAUGUAAUUCCGCUCAAUAAACAAUUAGGCGCUACGUAAAAAUAUAUGUUCCAAACGAAGUUAGCUGAUUAAAGUUUGAGAACCAAACGAGUAACGGGUGUACAAACUCUUCUACUUUGAAUAUUGUUGCGUUUUCGAUAUAAGACAUUGGCAGUAAGUGUUGCACUUUUUGUGGCAAAAAAUUUAACUUUGACAUCGGCGCCCUCUCUAUUUUUGCGCUACGUACUAAAUCACAUUAAUGUUUAUCAAUAUUUCCCCAUAGAAAUCUGAUACCUUUACUUUGUGAAUUUUGUGAUGGGACGUGGCUGUGGAUUAAAACGUAUCAGUCCUCUUUUUAACCGUAGCUGGGUGCAUUGGGGUAACUUCAAAAGAGAGGUAAUUUUGAUAAUAGUAAAUAAGCAACUACAUAUAUUUCAUAUUUUUAUAUUUCCUUUAUUGCAAACCAUGUUGUUACACAAGAUUAAAGUAUCACACGGACCCUGACUGUGUGUAGCAAGUAUAUUAAAAAUAAUUCUUAAAACAAAUGCAAAGAGGUGAUAACAAUGUUUCCAUUAUAGGUACUUAUCCUCCAGGAACUCUGCAGCAGAAUAGUAGGCCUUCUGAAUUAAUAGCGUUUUUAAUUUUGUCGUAAAUAAGCAAGAUGCCCCGGUGAGUGUUGCAAAAAUUUGAAGUGAUUCUAGUUUUAUAGAUAUUUACCACUUUCAAAAUUGCUUACUAGUUUAAAAUAAACUUUGCACAACUUUGAGACUGACAGAAUAAUAAUGUGCAAAUCAUUUUGGCCACCUAACUCGCUUAGACAGUUAUGCUGAUGGCGAUCCGGGUCUUGAAAAUAAGAUUUAUUUGACAAACAUAAAUGUGAUUUGUACCGUGCGUAUUAUCCCCUGUAAAUAUAUCUUAUCUAUUUCUUAAAUUUAUUGUAAUUACUUUCUUAUUGUAAUACUUUAGACAAGGAAUUGCUAUAGUUAUUGAAAAUAUAGGGUCUUACCGGUGAAAGCGGCAACUAAUCAACAAAGAGAUGAACUUAAAAUGUUUAGCAAAAUUAUAUAAAAAUGAAGAGACCUAAAAUAAAAUUGUCUUAAAAUAAUUUUGUUCCCAUUCUUAACCUUUUAUAUAUAAAAAAGGAGAUAAAUAUGAAACUCUUACUGCGAUAAAAUGAACAGCAAUCAAGCGAAAUGAGAAUACAAAUAUCAUCUAAAAAUACAUAAGAAAUCGUUUUCUAGGUUUUUGUGACGAAGGUUGUCGCUUUCCUUAAUCCAACGAAACUUCCGCACUACUUCCAGAAGUCUUCACUAGAAUGACUUGUUUCAAAUAUUUGGUUUUGGUGUCUGUAUCUGUCACCGACGUUCCCAGAGGUUACUACAAAGCAGGUUCCGAACCCAUGAGAGUCACCACAAACGGGAACAAAGAAGGUCUAUCAAUAAUCGAAUUUAAACUGUCGUGAGUCGUACUAACAAGCUAAUUUAACCUACGGUUUAACUCACGUAUUAUAAGUCACAAGAGCUUAGGUCUCCGUUACGCGGCAUAAACAGCCGGCCGCGUAUAUCGCGCGAGGGACUAAAAGUACGCAAGGCAAACCAUAGGUCUGCGCCACCCUCCUGCUUAUAGCAAAUGCAGUAAUCACAUGAAAAAACUCAUGCAAUUAUUUACCAUUCUUGCAAUUUUUUUUUGAAGAUAUACCGUUUUAGAGUCGGUAGACUGUCACAGACCAAAAUCCAUAACUCCAUCUUAGUUCUUAAGAGAAACUAUUAGACUGAUUUUGUAUGAUUUAUUGUGUUGAAAUUGUAUUUAUUUUUUAUGUAUUUAACUUGAUUUAACGGAUUGUAAUUGGACUUCAACGCAAUAAAUUCUUAACAAAAAAAGAUUGUAUCAAUGUUAGUUGCAAUUGUUAACAAGAGAUGACGUGAUCUUAUAAGAAUAUAUAUAUAUAUAUUUAUAAAAGUAUUCCAGGAUGGUAGAUUCUUUUGGUGCCUUGUUUCAUUCACUAUUGAUGCUUUGUACAAGGCCUUUAUAAAACGAUUCACCACCUAAAUUUAAGGUUGGCUUUCGUUUACUUAACCCUUAAAUGCAUGAACUAUUAAUACUCAAUUAUACUAAAAUAACCAAAGUGUCAACCAAAUACACUUUAAAUUAAGAAUUGACAUCGUCAUAACAAAGUCUUUGUUUCAACUGUUUCAAGGGAACUUUGGUUGGAACUUGUCUUGUUUCAGUAUCAAUAUUGACUUGACACUCCACGUACCUAUCCAAGGGUUAAUGUGUGCGCACUCCCGAACAGUCCACAUGCGUUUCUUCCUACCAAUAGAUUACGUUCUUAUAUAAAUACGCCAUCUAUCGAUCAGAAUGGCAACUAACAGGAUAAAAGUAAAAUAGCCUUGUAAGGCCCAAGGUCCUACCUAUAGGACUUAUUCAGUUCGAUGAAAUUUAAAUCAUAUUCAAUUAGGACAGAGUUGCAUUUGUUUUGUUUCGUGCAAUUUUCAAACAAAAUAAAAUCUACUGUAUUCCGUGCACUGUAGGUUCAAAUUCCAGUGGCAAAUUUUGGAUUUUUCAUUUCUAUGGUUGGGCCUUAAGAGGAUAGAUUGUAGGACAAUUUCCUCUGUACAUAUUAAUAUUUUGUCUGUCUGUCAGUCCGUUACAAUCCGUAGAGCGUUCGCUCCCACCUCGUUGAGACUGCUCCACAUUUCGAAUUAAUUUAAUUAAUUAAUGUAUGUAUUUAGUUGUAAUUUCGCAUUGGAUUGUACAUUUCUCUGCCACUGCGUGCGCUAUACUCUGUACAACAAUAAACUUGUAUUAUUUAUUGA